UGAAAUGAAGCGUCUUUUUUAGAAUGUGUGCAACCUUGAUUCUAAUUCUUCACUCGCCAGGGUUGUCGGUUUUUGAUUAGUUUUUCCAAGCUGCAUGUGGCAGAUGUCGGUAAAGUCAUGUGUAUGGUUCUCAUUUAUACUUGUAACUCUCAUAUCACAUACUUAUGUAGUGUAUGCCAUCUUCAUCAUCUCGUUUAGUGUUACAAGGCCUGUCUAUAUCCCGAAUCCAGAAGUUCAUUCCUAAAAAGUGGAAACAAAGUGUCAAACCUGUAGAUUUUCUAUCCGACAAACCGUCUGAAUCAUAUGAUUGUGAAAAGAAUGAGUUGAAUACUUUCACAACUGAUUUUGCAUCUAUGAUAGAGAACCUUGUUGCAUCUUUCAAGGAACUUUUAACCCAAGGACAUAUACUGAAGGCAUUUAAAUCAUAUUCUCUUAUUCGGCUCCACGUCUCUUCCAUUGAUUCUUAUGAUGUUAUCUUACAUCCCGUCUCUCGUCUUCUUGUAUCGUGCACCAACCUUAAAUGCUUCCGCCAGGAAAAACAGCUUCAUGCCCAAAUCAUCUCGCUGGGUUUGGAACAACACCUUCUUCUGGUUCCCAAGCUCGUCACAUUUUACUCUAAAUUUAAUCUUUUGUAUGAUGCUCGGGUUGUUGCCGAGAAUUGUACAUUUUUGCACCCGUUACCCUGGAAUUUGCUUAUAUCUUCGUUUGUUAAGAACGAGCUUUAUAAAGAGGCACUUUCUGCCUAUAAAAAAAUGGUGAAUAAGGGGAUUAUACCCGAUAAUUUCACCUACCCGUCUGUUUUGAAGGCUUGUGGUGAGGAACUGGAUGUCGUUUUUGGGAGGAUGGUUCAUAGGUCAAUUAGUGCUAGUUGUCAUGAGUGUAACCUGUAUGUGCAUAAUGCUUUGAUUUCCAUGUAUGGAAAAUUUGGACAACUGGAUGUUGCUCGUGAUUUAUUUAACAAAAUGCUGGAUAGGGAUGAUGUCUCUUGGAACACGAUGAUCAGUUGUUAUGCCUCCAAGGGCAUGUGGGGGGAAGCAUUUGAGAUCUUUAAUCGCAUGCACGCCGAAGGUGUCGAGCUGAAUUUUAUAGCUUGGAACACCAUAGCUGGAGGAUGCUUGCGAACCGGGAAUUUUAAGCGUUCUCUGGAGUUGCUUUCUCAGAUGAGAAGUAAUGGAUUUCAUUUGGAUCCAGUGGCAGUGAUCAUCGGGUUAGGGGCCUGCUCACAUAUAGAAGCCUUGAAAUUAGGGCAAGAGAUUCAUGGUUCUGCGAUUCGGAGUUGUUGUGAUGAGUUUGAGAAUGUUAGAAACGCAUUGAUUACGAUGUAUUCUAGGUGCAAAGACAUAAGAAAUGCCGAUCUUUUGUUUCGGUCAAUGGAAGAAAGGAGUAUAAUUACUUGGAACGCGAUGCUUUCUGGUUACACUCACUUGGAUAAGUCCGAAGAAGCAUCUUUCCUAUUUCAGGAGAUGUUGCUUUCUGGGGUUGAACCCAAUUAUGUUACGAUUGCCAGCAUCCUGCCUCUUUGUGCUAGAGUGGCAAAUCUGCAACAUGGCAAAGAAUUCCACUGCUACAUUAUCCGACGCAAAGUUUUUGAGGAUUAUUUGUUAUUGUGGAAUGCUCUUGUCACAAUGUAUGCAAGGUCGGGAAAACUCCUUGCAGCUAAGCGCGUAUUCGAUUUAAUGCAGAAGAGGGAUGAAGUUACCUAUACUUCUUUGAUUGCUGGAUACGGGAUGCAGGGCGAGGGACACACUGCUGUGAAGCUAUUUGAAGAGAUGGUUAAUCUCCAGAUCAAACCGGAUCAUAUAACGAUGGUGGCUGUCCUAUCAGCUUGCAGUCAUUGUGGUCUAGUAGUCGAAGGCCAACGUUGGUUUAAAAAGAUGCAAAGUUUGUAUGGUCUAGUUCCUCGUUUGGAGCACUUUUCUUGUAUGGUUGAUCUCUACGGGAGGGCCGGAUUGUUGAAUAAAGCAAAGGAAACCAUCACACGGAUGCCGUAUAAGCCGACUGCCGCCAUGUGGGCGACUAUCUUGGGAGCUUGUAGGAUCCAUGGAAACACAGUUAUAGGGGAAUGGGCGGCCGAGAAACUCUUGGAGCUUAGACCUGAGAAUUCAGGAUACUAUGUGUUGAUUGCUAACAUGUAUGCAGCUGCCGGUUGUUGGAAUGAACUAGCGAAAGUCAGGACUCUGAUGAGGGAUUCGGGUGUAACAAAGUCUCCCGGUUGUACUUGGGUGGACGUCGGAUCUGUAUUUACCCCAUUUGUCGUGGGGGACACAUCAAAUCCUUACGCAUCGGAUAUUUACCAAGCGCUGGAUGGACUGACCGAACUGAUGAAGGAUGAUGGUUAUGUUGCUUCGAACACAAUGGUUUUGGACGGUGAAACUCUUGAGGAAACCGGAUGAAGCCUGGAUUAUAUAUACGGUGUGGUUCACUGAUGGUGUUUAGUCCCCAAAAAGAGUAAACACAUUUUUUCUAUAGGAGAUUCGAUGAUGGGUA